AUGUGCGAACGGUCACCGAUUUUCUUUCUGGAAGCAAAAUCGAUCAUUAUUGAUUUAUUAACACGUUCAAUCGAAAUGUUAGAUUUAACAAUUAAUUUAGUAGAAACAUUUCGUACAUAUGCACUGCUUUUAGAACGUAAUCGUAAUCAGAACUUUUUCACAAUGAUCGAUACUAUUCAAUGUAAAAUAAGUUACGAUAUGCGCAGUGAUGUUCGAACAAUAAUUCAACAUUUAUAUAGAUCAUGUCGUUUUGCUAAAGGAAAUUUGAGAAAUUUACGAGCUGCACGAUUAUCAUCAGCCAACGAUUACAUUAUUGUUGAUGAUGAAUGUCUCAAAACUAUUUUGUAUUUUAAUUCACGAGCUGCCACGCUAUGGAGAUUUCUUCAGCCAGUUGACGACAGUAUGAUACAAGAUCAAGACGUGGAGAAAGAUGAAGAUGAAUCAACUACGGAACAAGGUUACUUUGCCACAUUACCCAUCCAAAAAAGAGACACAAAUAAAACCCGUAGGACCAGAAUACCUCACAAAUUAACAAAUAACAGAUACAGUAAAUAUUCAGUAGUUACCAAACCAGUUUUUAACUAUGAACCAACUGAUCCUCUACCUCAAUUAUCUAGAACGUCUCAAAAGCGAAAUCAAUAUUGUCUAUCGAAUGCCCGACAAUCACCGAAAAAUUCGAAAUCAAAAAAACAAGCUGAAUUUCUUAUAUCUCGUGAUAAACCAUUUAAAUUACGGCCGGUCACGAAAUUGAGAAGAGUGAACUCAAAUCAAUUAAACAGUCUUACAGCUUGCAGUCAUUCGAGACUACGACAACAACAUUUACAGUUAUCACAAGCAAAUCAAAGUGUACCGUUUGCUUCGUCAAUGAAAAAGCUGAACACAUUUGAAUAUACAAGUGACAAUGUUGAAAGUAGUCCGAAAAGUAUCACUUCAUCACAACUUAGCCGUACAGAAUCCGUAAAUGUUUCGAAAAAAGAUCAAGAAAAUAGUCCUAUCGAGGAUAAUAAAAAUAAUAGUGCAACUACAAGUUCUUCAAAAAAUCAAUAUCCAACACGGGAACUCUUAGUAUCAAAAGAGAAACGUGUUGAUUGCAUUAAAUUAGGUAGAGAUACAUUGAGCGCAUUUACAUCCUAUGCACGGAAAUCCACAACAAAUAAUAUAACAGAUCAGUAUCGAAAAUUCAGUCAACUAAAUACACAACAAUUGUUAACACCAAUUAAACAUAGACAAAGACAAGAUAAAUUAAAACAAUCACAGUUAACAUAUGAAUGGAACUCACUAGAAAAUAUGGAACGAUUAUUAAACGUCAAUAAUGACAAACAUUUACAAGAUUAUCGUGAAAUUUUCACAGUAUUCGCAAAAAUGUCCGAAUUAUACAAUUUUCUAAUUGAACAGUUGUAUGGUGUAAGAAACUUACGUGAUUCAUUAAUUUUACAACCGGUUGUCAUCAGUAUUGUGAGAUUACUACUCUUUAUAGCAAAAAAAUUGCAAAAUAUAGCUAAUCUUGUAUCAUCAACAUCUCAAACUCAUUACAUAAUUCCUAGUCAAAAUGAAAUUAUAGAAUCAAAGAAUCACGAAGAUAUCGAUAUUAAAAAAACGACAACAUCGAACGAAAAUAAUUCAAAAUCAAAUGAUGAAACAACAAAUACGUAUCAACAAUCUUUGUCGAAACAGAAAAAUAAAAACAAACAUGAUACAUCUUCUGCUUCAAAACUUUCUUCUUCGGAUAGAUCUCUAACUGAAAAAUUAACUAAUAAUAAUGUAUCACAUAUAUCAUCCAUCGAUGUAACAACAACUGCAACAAAUGAAAUAGAAUUUGAUGAGGAAUUUUAUCAAGUGGAUAAUUUAAUAGAAAAAUGA